UUUGUCCACGGCCUCCACCUGUUUCUUCUGUUUUGACCUCUUUGUUCGCGUCUCUCGGAGGCCUUCCCCUCUAUCGACUUGUUUGAAUCCCAACUGACCGCUCUCCAUCACAGCGCAUGAUCUCAUAGAAACGAGACGCCAAACCGCGACAAUGUCGUCCGGCCGUCGCGGUAGAGCAACCGAUCGCGGUGGACGAGGCGCCAGCACCACCCAUCGCGGAGGCAGUUUUCGAGGCAAUUUCAAUGGAGCCAAAUCGACCAAGGACGGCGAAACUUCGAACACCACCUUUUCGAGCCGCGGGCAACGGGGUGCAGACCGAGGAUUUCGCGGCGCAAGCUUUCGAGGCGGACCAAAUGCUCGCGGAGGAGACCGCGGCGGCAAAACAAGCAGUCGCGGGCAGAGCGGACACAUGAAUUCUUUGCGAUCAUCCUCCGCCGGCAUUUCGAAUACGACUCCCCACAAGCAAGACGACUACGCUGCGAGAUUGAAACAUCUCAAAGAUAAUCGCGACAAUGAGAAGAAACGCUUCAUCAACGAAGGGCGGAUGAACCCUGACGGGCCUAUGCGUCUCAGUGAUGCUGUCAAGAUUUACGGCAUAUGCCAAGACAUGUGUCCGGAAUUCGAACGUGUUCGCCGGAUCGUGGAGGCCGAUCUCAAACCUCCAGAAUAUACCGCUGAGAGCUUGGCAACGGGCGAUCGCAGAGAGCGCAAACCGGACGAAGCACGCAUGGUGAAGGCGUAUCAACGAUCAGCAGCUGGUAUGGACGUUGAAUUGGUCUCGGAUAUUCGAUCCCCAGCAACUUGUCUUAAAACAAUGCGGUACAUGAGUGAACGGCUCGACAACGAGGAUUUCGAAUUCUUGUAUCAAUGGAUUUGGGACCGCACCCGUGCCGUGCGCAAGGAUCUCCGUACACAAGCCGUCGACAAGCCGGAAGAUCUGACCAUGUAUCUGGAAUGUUUCGAACAAUGCGCCCGCCUACUACUGCUAUGUGCGCAUCACAUGAGUACCUCGGACAGCGACGACUACUUCCAGUACCAGGAUCUCGAUCAGCUCAACCAAACGAAUAUGUCGUUGAAGGAAAGAUACAGGGAUAAUCGAAGGGCCGGAAUCAUAUCUCCAAACGAGGCCGAAUUCCAGGCAUACAGGCUGAUUUUGUGCCUAAAUACUGGCGAUGAGCUUAUUGAGCACGAGAUCCAUUCUCUUCCUGAAUCGCUACUAUCGAAUCGCAGACUGCAAACCGCAUUGCAGAUAUCUCGGGCCGGAAAAGCAAUCAUCAAGAAGGAUCGCAAACUAUCCGUGGCGCAACAGAAUUGGCAGGCAUUUUGGGAUCUGGUCGCAUCUCCAGCGGUGUCUUAUUUGAUGGCUUGCGCAGCAGAGAUCGUGUUCAAUAAGAUACGCGACAUCGUGCUGGAUACAAUAUGGCGCGCCUACAGACAAGGAAGCGCCAAACAAGUCGUGCAGAUUGAGGAUUGGACCGUUUCGAAACUGAUUCUAGUACUGGGCCUCGAUUCGCCAGACGAAGUGUACGAUUUCUGUACCAUGUACGGUUUCUCAUUUCAGACCAACUCCAGCGGCGAAGAGUAUUUGGAUAUCAAUUCCGUGCCGUGGACUGGCCAGCCCCUGCAGACACCAAAUGAUGUGAAACCUCAGCAAUUUUCGCGAAGACUCGUCGAAUCUAAGCGCCACAACCGUAUGUUAUCUGCAGUUAUAAGAGGCAUGUCAGUUUCAGAAGCGAAGGUCAAGGGGUUGAUAGGGGAGUCGAAAGGCACUGACGCUGAAGAUUCUCUCUUCAUACCUGAGGCUACUAGCAAACAAGAACCCAACAAAAAUAUCACCAAUGGGUUUUCUGCAUUCACAUCGAGCACGAACGACAAACAGCCUGGACUCAAUCCUUUCGCGAAUGCAUUCCAGCCCAAGGAUGCAUCCGCAGCGAAGAAUCCAUUCGGGGCACCAUCAACACCAACAGCUAGCCCAUUUGCACCAUCAGCACCAACAGCCAGCCCGUUUGCGCCGCCAGCAGCUGCCAAACCAAAUCCAUUUGCAUCCGCCCAAGCAACUCCCGCAGCAUCAAAACCAAGUCCAUUUGGAACUCCAUCAGGAUCUAGUUGGGGAAAACCGUCAGGUGCCUUUGCACAACCGCAAACUACAUCACCUUUCAGCCAGGAGAAAACCACAAGUCCAGCCACAGGCCAACAGGUCACGCCAGGCUUAUUCGAUGCAUCGAAGAACUCGAUCAAAUUCAAUUCACCAUCUGCGGCUUCCGGCUUCUUCACCAGUACUGCAUCUACACCGUCCUCGACAACUUCCACGGCAUUCCCCAAACCAGAUGCUCCAGCAGGAAAGACACCGUUUGCUUUCAAACCUCUUGACGCUAAUAAGGAAAAUGAAACGAAACCACAACAACUACCAGCAUUUUCAUUUGCAAGCCCAGCUCAAAAUACUUCAGCCGCUACAGACGCCAACUCUUCUGGCCCAGCAUCUGGAUCCGUGUUUUUUUCGCAGCCGACAUCACAAAGUCCGGCCAGCGAGACAAAGAAGCCAUUCUCGUUCUUCCCGGAUGCCACACCGAAUGGGAAAACCGAGCAGAACGACACGACCCCAGCCCCUCUCGCACCAAAUCAAGAAGAGGCGAAAGCCAAAGAAGAAGCCGAACGAAAAGCCAAGGAGGAACAGGCCCGGCGGGCGCAAGAGGAACAGCAACGUAAAGCUCGGGAAGCAGAAGAAAUACGAAGGCGACAAGAGCAGGAACGCCUUCUCCAAAAGGCAAGAGAAGAGAGGGAACGAGCACAGCGACUCGAGAAAGAGAAACGAGAGAAGGAGGAACGGGACCGUCUGGCGGCCAUUGCUCUACACAACGAGCAGGUGCGGCAAGAGAAGGAAACGGCAUUCACGGCACUUACUAACAGUAUAUUCAUGGAAGAAACGCAGGGGUUAUUGCGGCAAUUCAUUGAAAAUCAGAUAAAGCAUAUGUGGAAACCUGCGAAGCAGUUCCUAGCUUACGAGUGGGCGGUGAAGAGGGCGGAGGAGAUGUAUCAGCAGAGACAGAAGGAGCGAAUCCGUGCAAUCUUGUAUCACUGGUACAACCAAGUUUUGAAAAGGAAACGCGCCAGUCGAGCAAGAGACCGAAGACGUUGGUUGAAGGAGCAUCAGGACGAGCUGUUGGGUGCUCAAGAGAAUGAAAUUUCCGUUCCUGCUCCUCCUGUACAGCAGGUGGAACAGGCUCCGGCAAAGGCCGAUGGAUUCAAGAAGCCAGCACAGCCAGCGAUGGCUAAGAAAAUCCAACCACAACCAAGGGGAAGAGGCAAAACUGCGGUAAACUCUUCGAAGGUGGUCGCCCGCAGACCCAGAACAUCCAAUCUCACGACCAGCGUCUACAAGAUCUCGAGGGCGCCGAUCGACCGAACUGAAACAGAUUGGUUCGAGCUCAGGGCCAAAGGAAUCGACCCAAGCAAAUAUGGCAAGCGCAGCCAUGACUUUGAUGCCGAAGAGCAAGAAGAGAAGAGAGAGGUUGCUGAACGGAAACGCGCUCGACUCUCCGUCUCAGGCACGCCAGGCCUCCGAGCGUCUUUGCCUCCUCCUUCAACUGACGAGGAGCGCAUCGCCCGUUUCCGCGCUGUGAGGGAUUCACUCAGCAAACCGUUCUCAGCCUCGACGGCGCGCCCCGACCAAGGCACACCCCCCCGGGCCGCCGGAACCACCUUGGAUAGAUCCAGCCGCCUUAUUGCAGAGGCUCGCUCCAUCUUGACCGCCAACGGAAACGGAAACGAAAACGGCCAAGGAACUCCCCUAAAGUCACGGCAUGAAUACAGCCGUAGUGUCCCAGAUCUAGGGCUUGGACAAUCAUUCGGUCGAACGUCAUUCGGACAAAGCACAGGAUCUUCGGCCGCCCCGGGCAAAGCAGCCUAUUGGGGUCGUGUGAGUAGAUUCGUACCUCAACACCUAUACGGGAAGGGAUCCGAUGCAGUGCUCGACUAUCUCGGUCAGUCUCGUGGCAGCAACAGCGCCGGAACGAGUGUGGAGCCCUCCCAGCCUUUAGAUCUUUCGUCUCCCAUCCCCGCUUCACAUUUGUUUGAUCUGAGCCAUGAGACUCAGGUGAUCAACGAUGAGGCGGUUGAAAUGGAUGAGGAUAGUGGAAAUGAGGAAGAUGAGAUGUUCGACGCUGAUGAGGGUGAGGACGUCGAUGAUGAGGAAGAAGGUGAUGAAGACGAUGAGGGAGACGAAGAAGCCGAACACGACGAAGAUGUCGAGGAUGAUGGCGUGGAAUACGAAAGCGAAGAGGACUAUGGAAACCCUACUGUCACGUACAACGAAUAUGAUGACGAGGAAGGUGAAGAAGAAUAUGAUGAGGAAGACGAAGAAGGAUAUGACGAAGACGACGGCUUCGACGGCGUAGCGCAAAACAUCAACAACAACAAUAAUGCGUUCCAGCCGGGUGGCACCCAGGACGACGCCAUUGAGCUUUCCGAUUAAGCAGACAUCGGCCGUCGACUGAAACAUUCCAUCCACUCGCCCAUUUUCCAUACUGGCUUUCCAUUCAAUCAAUACUGGUUCUUUCUUCAAAGCAUAAGGAAGGGCGACUACUUUGUCCCUUGGGGAUCGAUUUGUACGAUGCAUUAGCGUUGGCGUUUAUUUUGUCACUUUCACAUUUCCUGUCUUAUUACACACGUACACAGACACACAAACACACACACACACAUAUGGGAACCGGGGUACGGCAUGGGGGACUUUGUCUUCAAAGAUUCAAACAAUAUGUAUCAUGAUACCCUUUUCGAAAAUGAAAGGCAAAAAAGAGGACCAGGUGGGCAGGGGGGCUCGCAAACUGUCAAGGGCAGUUCCGAUGAAUGCUCUGUAGGGUUAUUGGAACCGAACUAUAGUUUGCCGGCCGCUCGAUGUAGAAACA